GUAGACACUGGGAUGGAGUUAGGAACACAUACCUAUUUUUGGGAGUAUGACACUUAACAGAAUGUUAUGUGGGAAGCAGCAGAAUUGGAUUAGGGAGAGCCUCAGACUGUGAUGCUCAAUUGUGGAGUCUCCACCACCCCUUCGAGUGACCUAGGGCAAGGGUUGGAGGAAGCCUGAGUUAGAGGCAUUCUGGAGGCUGUUGGCCCACGUAUGCACUCUUCAGUGCUGAACAGCAGGUUCGUUCUUGAGAAGCAGUGCAGGUGCUGCUAGCUCAGCUUUGUCAACCUGUGUAUUCUAGGAAUCACUUCCAUAUCAGUUGACAAGUUUGGCUCAUUCUUUUUUAAUCUUUUACAUGAUUCUGCUGUAUAACCCUCCAUCUUGUGGGAUUUCUUCAGUUUAUUCAACCAGUUUCCUUUUGAUAGUGUUGGGGUUGUUUGAAAUGUUUGCUGAUCCCACAAUGCUGCAGACUAACUGUCCUUGUGCUUACAUUGAUUGUGUGCGUAGAAAUUAUCUUUAAGGUGGAUUCCUACAAGUGGAAGGGGUUUCUAGGUCAGAGAGUAAAUGGCAUGUGCAGUUUUUAAGUCACUGAGUUCACAUCUAUAAAGUCCUGCUGGGAGUGUUUUUUCCACAACCUUGCUGAUAAGUGUGUUGUCCAGCUUUGUGGGUUUUACUAUUCUGAUACAACCACUACCAAUGUAGUUGUAGUUUACAGUUCUAUCUGUCCAUGUAAAUUGAAGUUUUAAUUUCCUAUUGAGUUCUUCUCAUUUUAAAAGUUGCAUAUAAAGUGUGUGAGCCUUUUGUCUAAAUAAUUUGUAAAUAUUUGUCUUUUUACUGAAGUGAUUUUCAUGACGUGACUAGACUCAGAAAAGUGAUUAGUGUGCAGGAUCACUGUGACCCCUUGCUGUGGGGAGUCUGGCCUCUCCAGCCUCUGUAUGCCAGAAAGGAGCUAGUAGAUGCUGAAGGAAACAAUCCCACUGGGGUCCACUGGAUUGGGAGCUGGUUUCCCCAUGGGCUACGCAGCAGCAGCUCCUGCCUAUUCUCCUAACAUGUACCCUGGAGCGAAUCCUACCUUCCAAACAGGUUAUACUCCUGGCACCCCUUACAAAGUGUCCUGUUCCCCCACUAGCGGGGCUGUGCCACCAUACUCCUCUUCCCCCAACCCUUACCAGACGGCUGUGUACCCCGUGAGAAGUGCCUAUCCCCAACAGAGCCCAUAUGCCCAGCAAGGCACAUACUACACACAGCCGCUGUAUGCAGCACCCCCUCACGUCAUCCACCACACCACAGUGGUGCAGCCCAAUGGCAUGCCAGCGACUGUGUACCCUGCUCCCAUCCCUCCUCCUAGAGGCAAUGGGGUCACCAUGGGCAUGGUUGCUGGGACCACCAUGGCCAUGUCGGCAGGUACCCUGCUGACUGCUCAUUCCCCAACUCCUGUUGCCCCUCACCCAGUCACUGUGCCCACUUACCGGGCCCCAGGAACACCCACCUACAGCUAUGUGCCCCCUCAGUGGUGAUUACCCUGCAAAUAAAUGUGUAAGGAUGGAGCUGUGCAGUCACAUCAUUGAGUUCCACAGCUGGUGCUGCAGGCCAUGUGCCUCCAACCAGGACUUUCUUCUUAAUGCUCUCGACACUUAGCUAAACACGACUACGUCCCGGCCCAGCAGGCCCCAGCGCCGUUAGUCUCCAACUAACUCUGUGGGUUGCUCCUAAAGCAAAUCCUGUUUUGUGGACUGCCUGGCAAUUUUUUUAGCUAACUGUAACGAUAAAAAAGGGAGUAUUAAUCUAUUCUGAAUCAUAUCUAGUUGAAUGCAUGUUUUAAAAAACAAACACAAACAAAGCUUGCUCAAUCUACCUGCAGUGACUGAUGCAAAACCAUCAUAUGCAAAACCCAAAGGAAUGGAAACAUAUUUUACAACUUGUAUCACUAAUGCACUGUUGUAAUGUAUGCAGUCUUCAAGUUACAUGUGUUAAAAGUGAAUUUCCUCAUAGAGCAUCUGGAAUAACUGAGCUGAUCUUCAGCUACUUGGGGUUGAUGUGGUUGCCAGGUGAGGAUGUGGACUUUUAGUUUUCAUCCACCUGUUUCUUUGGCACUGACUGAACCAGAAGGGAGCUGCUGCAGGAAUGGGGAGAGUGGGAAGGCCACAGUAGUUCCGCACAACUGGUUAGUGGAUGUCCCUUUCCUUCCGUUUAGGCUUGGUGGGUUCUGGGAAGCAGGGACUAAAGAUCAUCAUGCAAGAUGAGAGUUGUGUUAGUCAGUACAAUGUGGGGUAAGAGGUGGUCUGCAUGUCAAGAUAGCAAUAGUCCCUGCCAUUUAAGUAAUCAUUACAUGCCUCUUAACAGAUCAGAACGAGGCUUUGUAUAUCUAUUGGAAAGUCCUGUGUAGAGCUAAAUUAUUUUCCUGGGAUGGAAGAUAAAUGAAAGAGAAAUAGCCACACUUGGAGGAAGUAUUGUCCUCUCUUUUAUUUAGCUUAGAAAGUCAUUCCUUUUUUUUUCUCUCUCUGAGAAAUGUUUGAAUCAGCUGAAAACGUGUCUGCACCCCACAGAGGGCAAAGAUUUUAAACUGUGUGUUAUGGAGAAAGUUGUAUAUUUAUGAAUGAUUAAAAGGGAACAAGACUGUAUUUAAAAUUUCUCAUGUUUCUUAUAAAGAGGCAGGGCUGUGGAUGUAUUUGAAAAUACAGAAACAUGAAACUUGUCCUGGGGCCAUACCUAUUGGUGACUUGACCUCUGUGAUUGGCUGAAGAGGACUAGAGCUGGGGUAGGAAAAAAGAGCUGUGUGUGUCUGUGGUCCGUGAGUCUCAUCUCUUCUUGCAGCUGAAGGCACUCAGCACCAAGUAAGUAUGGACAGCAGAAAGAUCCAGGCAGCAUUGGAAUAUACUUGGCUGCCAGAAUCUAUUGUGAAAAGAUUUUGAGUUUAAAAUCUGAAUAUGUACAUAAGAAAUCAAGAGGUUUUUUUUUUUUUUUUGGCUUAAAUAUACCCAGUUCUCAUCAUCGGGAGUGUGUAUCUGUUCUCAGUGGGGGGCCAGAGGGUUGAAGGCAUGAGGACUCAUUCCCUUUCAGGGGUCUCUCAGUCAGGCCACAUCUUCUUCCCAUCCCAUCAUUGUUUGAAAUACUGUGUGCUUUGGUUGGAAGGGGAGUCUGUGCUUCUGUCUCUGGCAGCUGGUCAGUGCUCUGGCGCUGGGGUGGAGGUCGCCUCAUUAGUGGUCAGCCUGGCAAGCAGGUUGAACACCUGGCCACUGAGCUUUUGGCAACCCUAUUUUUUAUAGUAAUGCCCUUCAUAAUUUUAUUUUAACAUUUCAUAAAAAGUUUAGGAAGAUUUUUGCAUGGAUCAUUAUAAACAGAAGAUUCCUUACUCCCAAUGUCCAUUAACAUAGAUUGUUUACUGCUAAGUACUUUAAGCGCUUCAUGAGCACUUAACCUGUGUGUGUGUGUGUGUGUGUGUGUGUGUGUGUGUGUGUGUGUGUGUCCAUGUGUGUCCAUUCCCGCAAGUCUGUGGUGGUGACCCCAUCUGUGUUUGCAGUAUCAGUAGAUUCCAAGGGUUCCAGGGUCUUAACAAAUCGAGAAGGCAGUUUUCCCAGGUGAAGGAUCAUAGGUCAGGAGAACAUACCCGUGAUUUUAGUAUAUGCUUUUAAAAAAGUUCCCCACGAAAAUGGCAAUAUACAGGAACCCUUGCCUGAAAGGGGUGACGUUAGUUGCCUUCGGGAGGAAGUUACCUAGGCUGUUUCCAGGCCUGCUCGAGGCUGGCACACAUGGUGUGUAUUUUCAGAAGAAAGAAUGGGUUGCAUCCCCUCCCAUUGGUUACGUCAGCUUCAUAAACACGUUUCCUUACGAUUUUAAAAAAUCUUUUCUUGUGAAAGUGAAUUGAGAGACUAUCAAAUCAAAUACUUCUGCAUUGUAUGAUUCAUCUGUGUGGACAUCUUUUUCAAUUUUGAAACCAUCAGGGCAUCAGCUGUGAAAUUUAAAGAUUUUAACCUAACAGCAUUCAGUUCUAGUAAAAUUAAGGACUAAAACUAGGGUCAGUAUUCUGUUCCAAAACUGAAUUAUUUGGUAUCCCAAAAAAAUUGUGAGAUUUUUUUCUUUGCUUUUUGUGUGUGUGACAUUCCUGAUUUGAGAGUCUUUCAACUGAACUGUUGUUCUUUUAUAAGUUGAGACAGGCAAGCAAAGCAAAGGGCCUAAUUCCUGUAAACAUGGACAUCAUUAUGGCUGUUUUUUAAAGUUUGCUCUCUGCCUUUUCCCCUGAGGCUUGGGAGGUGUGUAUUCAUUUGCUGUGUAGUUGUUGCUGCUCCCUGCUCACAGAAAUCUAGUUUGGAUGUGGGCUGGAGGUUGGGUGAGUCUGAGAAGUGAGGCCACCCUCAGGACAUGGCCAGUCGGAUAACUGGCAGGAAAGCACUUUGAGAACCUGUAUGUCUAUUGUGAUCCAUCUUUGAGAACAUUCCAGUUGGUGUUCUGUGAAACCAUUUCUCUAGUGCUGUGCAGGAGGCAUCUGGCAUGGAGUGUCCUGCACUUUCCUAGCCAAGCAGCCCUACUGCCUACUUUGUCCCAGCUGCCACCUUGCUGGGACAGAGCCAGCCCAGGAAAUAAUUUGUGUGUGUUUUGUGGGGGAGAAGUCAGCAGCAGGAAGGAGCUGAUCUUUGGAUGGUAUGGAGUGCCCUGACCUCUUGAGAAGGGCUUGGGCUUUUGUGAGGGUGCCAGUCAACAUGGUAAGAGGCUGGCACACACCAGCCAUAGUAAAUAUUGGGGCAGCUUUAUAAAGGAAGUUCACAUUUCCUCACCUGACCUUUUCAACAUUUGGAAAUAGUAUUACUCUGAUCCGUUGGGCCGCCUUCUCUCAUCAAGCAGCUGAUAGUUGGCUGCUGCAAUUACUGGUUGGCUGGCACUGCCCAGAUGGCAUAGGACCUCCUGCGGUGCAGUGACAGGUGGGGUGGCUGCUGGUCCCUUCUCUCUGGUGCUUUCUGAGGGGAUCUCCAACGUGUAAGGAGUGUGCCUCAGGCAGGGCUUGGCUUAGCUCACUUGCCCCACACAUCCCUGGGGUUGUGUAUGUUUUUUCUGAGCUGCUCACGACUCCCCUGUACUUCCUGAAAGGCAGCCAACUUUGGGAUAUACUACAGAUGACAUACUGAGGGGAGGGUGUGCCCUUGGUAGGAAUGGUGAAAUUGGUCUCGCAGGGCUCAGAGGAUUUGUUCCCAUACCCAGUUCAUUUGAUAGAACAGAAAACAUUCUAGUCCAAAGUACCAAAUCAGUUGUUACUUGGGAUGAGGAUACAAUGAUAGCAUGUGUGUCCAGGGAGCUCCAGUGCACUUCGGGAGGGAUAGGGUGUCCCAGACAAGCACUGCAGGGGGCUGUCCAGGCAGGGUAGCUGUGGGCUGUGGUGCAGACAGUGGGCAGUAAAAUAUAGACUAAUUGGGCCAGAUCUGAGACUGGCUUCCCAUAGGGUUGCUGUGCCAGCCAGUCAGAGGGGAGGCCCUAGGGAUCCUCAUGGGCUGUGGCUGAAAAGGAAAUGGUUCCUUUUUUUUUUUUUUUUCCCUGUAAUUUUUAAAUACUCUUUUUUUACACUGUUGGUACUUUUUUUUAAGCUUAAGUCAGCAUUGUCUUCCAGUGUUAAAAGGCAUCCCUCGCCUCUGCAUUGAACUUAUGUGUCAAUACAAAAGAAUGGACCAUCUGUCCUGAGCCAGUUCAAUUAGGUGUAAAUUCAUACAAUUUUAAUUUUUUAUGCAAUCUGAUGAGUAGAUGAGCUCAGAUUUAAAAUUCUUCAAAGCACGUUUAUUGUAACAAGAAUUGUUAUGUAUUAAUACUGCAGUUUUCAAUAAAGAUUGACUUGUGUUGCAUAUUGUGGUUUUCACGAUUUUUUCCAUGUGGGUUCUGUCCAGAGGUAACUUGGCUUGAGUAGGAGGAGGUACUACAGUUUCUCAUGAGUCAGUAGAUUGCCAGGAGUGUUGGCUCAGAACCAGGGGCCUUGGCCAUGCUUAAAGGAGCUGUUCUCCCAGAUAGGAUAGGGACAGAGGCAACAUUGGGCUCCUCUUUUGUGGCUGGGGUGUUCUUGGGAAGAUUUGUUUCCUCCUUCAUCAGGGAGGAUGCUGAGGCCUGGACCAUUUGUGUGUCAAACCCAUAUUUUCACUUACACACUAUGGGAGCAGCUGAGGAUGCAGCAGGCCUCCAAGCCCUGGGGAAAGGGUAGAAAGGGACAUUCAGUAUACCCCACACUUGGUCCAGCUCUGGGGCCUGCUUUCCACUUCCACUGCUUGUGCUACUGUCUCCCUUGAGCUCCUGGAGCAUGUUGCCAGCCACCUGAGUCUGCGUCUAUCCCCACCAGAGCCCCAAAGACAUGGCUAGCCCCUAGCAAGCACCCCCACACCCCCUUUCUCCCACACACACCUCUGGAGCUGCUGGGCUUGUUCUUCUGUAGAGAAAGGCUUAGGGCAGAGAGGGCAACAGGCACAGGAAGGUUGGGUGGAUGCAUAGGAGAGAAAAUGUACACACACAAAAACAACUGCUGCCAGCCGGGUUAUUUUUCACAAGUUUUUUUAUGAAAUUAAACGUGUUUUCUGGCUUGGAGAAGGAAUAGUGCAAGAGUGACUGUCCACACUGCUGAAUCCUGCGGGCUCCGGACUGACAUGCAGGCCUAGGCUGUGCUGCCAGGGCUCUUGUGGGAUGUGGGCCCUUGCCACACACCCAUUCCUGGGGUGGGUGGGUCAGUCAGUCCUGGGUGCUGGGCUGCAGAAUUCAGUCCUUAUGGCUUCUCACGCUCAUUGGGAUAAGGCAAUCUUUCCGUGUCACAGUUAUUUUUCUCCAUUGUUAGAAAAACAAGAUGACAAAAUCCAAACAAAAACACGAACCAGAUGGUUCUGUAGCCACUCCAUGGCUACAGGUGGACUGGUCCCAAACCUGGACCAGAGUAUGUGGCUGACUAUGGUUUUGUUCUUCCCACUACACACACAUCACAAGUGAAAGGGUGUCCAGCAGCCAGCAUAGAGAGGGGCCGGGAGGCAAAAGGGCAGCUCUGGGCCAGAUGUUUGGGCAGAGAACUCCUGGUUCUUGCCCUCCAAGAUUGUGAGUGGCCUGGCACCACCAGCUGAGUCGGGGACCUGAAAGAACUGGAGAGCAAAGGGGCACCCAGCGUGGCUUUGCAGGUAGCUGGCAGCCUUAGAGGAGAUUUGUCCUGCCCGGAGAAUCAGGAGUGGGGAUGAUUCCAAAGCAGAUAGAACCUUCUGCAU